CUGGCUUUGGGUUGGGAUGGCAUGGCUGGCUGGGUAUAUAAACUGACUGAUACCGAGCAAUUUCAAACUCAUUCCUUUGGUUUCUCCCAUUCUCACUUCAUCCGUUUCUAUCAGACUCCUUUUGGUUGGUGUAUUUGUUUCUCAUGCUCUUUGCACCUUGCCACCUUUGUUGUUGGACGACGGGAGAGAGAGAGAGAGAGAGCAUAACGUUCAAAGACCCAAAGUAUUUGGCUAGUCGUACAAGAUAAACAUGCCAGCUUUUGCUCUAGAACCGCUUCAGUUGGCUGGUUGGUUUUAGUUAAACAGCGUAACCAAGCUAGGUGCAAUCUAAAACAAGAUAAGAAAACGAAAAAUGAAGUACGUAUUGGUGACGGGUGGAGUAGUUAGCGGUCUGGGGAAAGGGGUCACCGCCAGCAGUAUUGGUCUGCUUCUCAAGGCCUGUGGACUUCGCAUUACUUCCAUCAAAAUUGAUCCUUACUUGAACACCGAUGCUGGAACAAUGUCCCCUUUUGAGCACGGGGAAGUUUUCGUGUUAGAUGAUGGCGGUGAGGUGGACCUGGACCUUGGGAAUUAUGAGCGAUUCCUUGAUAUCAAGUUGACACGCGAUAAUAAUAUUACUACUGGAAAGAUUUACCAGUCCGUUAUUGAUAAGGAGAGAAGGGGAGAUUAUCUGGGGAAAACUGUGCAGGUUGUCCCUCACAUCACAGAUGCCAUUCAAGACUGGAUUGAGCGUGUGGCAAUGAUACCAGUGGAUGGGAAGGCAGGUCCAGCCGAUGUUUGUGUCAUAGAAUUGGGUGGAACUAUAGGAGACAUUGAAUCCAUGCCAUUUAUUGAGGCAUUAGGGCAAUUCUCAUACCGUGUAGGGACUGGAAACUUUUGCUUGAUUCAUGUCAGCCUUGUGCCUGUUUUAAAUUGUGUUGGAGAACAGAAAACAAAACCAACCCAGCACAGUGUUCGGGGACUAAGAGGCCUGGGUUUGACACCACAUAUCUUAGCUUGUCGCAGUACAAUGGCACUUGACCAGAACGUAAAAGUGAAACUCUCUCAGUUUUGCCAUGUCACGGCAGAAAAUGUCAUCACUCUCUAUGAUGUACCCAACAUCUGGCAUAUUCCUUUGCUUUUAAGAGAUCAGAAGGCACAUGAAGCAAUCUUGAAAGUGCUGAACCUUCAGGGUGAAGCUGGGGAGCCUGCAUUAGAGGAAUGGACUUCUAGGGCUGCAAUCUGCGACAAGUUGCAUGAUCCGGUCCAUAUUGCCAUGGUUGGGAAGUAUACAGGCCUUUCAGAUUCCUAUCUCUCGGUACUGAAGGCUCUUGUGCAUGCUUCUGUUUUCCACCGCAAGAAACUCUUUGUAGAUUGGGUUCCAGCUUCCGACCUUGAAGAUGCAACUGCAAAAGAGAAUCCUGAUGCUUAUAAAGCUGCCUGGAAGUUGUUGAAGGGUGCAGAUGGUAUUCUUGUUCCAGGAGGGUUUGGUGACAGAGGAGUGCAGGGGAAAAUUCUUGCAGCAAAGUAUGCUCGAGAAAACAGGGUUCCAUUUCUUGGCAUUUGUUUAGGAAUGCAAAUUGCCGUCAUUGAGUUUGCACGAUCUGUUAUUGGUCUGCAAGAUGCUAACAGCACUGAAUUUGAUCCCAAUACCCGGAAUCCCUGUGUUAUACUUAUGCCUGAGGGCUCAAAAACACAUAUGGGAGGCACCAUGCGUCUUGGAUCAAGGAGAACAUACUUCCAGGUUAUCGACUGCAAAUCUGCAAAACUAUAUGGAAGUAAAAGCUUCAUUGAUGAGAGACAUCGGCAUAGAUAUGAGGUGAAUCCUGAUAUGGUAGCAUGCCUUGAAAAAGCUGGUCUCUCUUUUGCUGGCAAAGAUGAAUCUGGUCGACGCAUGGAGAUUAUCGAGCUACCAAAUCAUCCAUACUUUAUUGGUGUUCAAUUUCAUCCUGAAUUUAAAUCAAGGCCAGGAAAACCUUCUCCUUUAUUUUUAGGACUUGUAGCAGCAGCAGCAGCAGCAUGCAGGGAGUUGGAUGCCGUCUUUUUAGACAAUGGGAGCCAAAGGAAUAUCCCAAAUGGAGUAGGCAAUCAUACCGCAAAAAUCAAAGCAUACCAAAAUGGAAGUGCAACUAAGGCCACCAAUGCGUUGCCUGAUGGUGUUUAUAGCAAUGGCAAUGGCAAUGGCAAUGGCAAUGGCAAUGGGAUCUACUUGUGAAGGUUAUUGAAGCCUUACGUUAUAGGAUUUCUCUGUGUCUCUCUGUGGUAUGGUUGGUAGGUUUUGCCCGGGCCUUUUAGCCUUUAGCUAAGAUUUUAUGAUUGUACAGUUAUCUGGAUAUUGGUAGGCAUAGGUCUCCAAAGGACUUGUAGGACACAGUUAGAUCCCGGUCUUUUAAACGGGAUAGCUUGUAUUUAGGUUUGCGUCUCUCUGCAGUGCACUAUGUUUUUCUCUUGUUUUUGGUGCUUUUAUUGAAUCUUAACUAUGCACGAACACAUGCGGUUUGCACUAUGUAUACAUUGUAAACUUUGUGCAAGGCAGAAAUCAUCCUCUUUUAAAAUUGGAUAAUUUCUGUUGAUUGUUUUUUAAUAGUAUCUUGAACUCACCUUCUCUUGAUGAUA